UCAGGGAUGAGUGAGGCCUUUCUCCUUCGCUAGAAGAUGGGUUCUCCAGGAACCGAUUGCAGUAGCAUCUAAUCCCUGGACACUCCAGAUUCAUUAUGUCUGAAUUCCUGGAUGUGUUUUGUUGUUGUUUGUUUUGUUUUCUUUUGUUUGAAGGUAUCUUCCGAGAGAGUGUCUCCAUGUGUGAAGUGAUUUACCAUCGCUUCCUGAGGCUUCCUAAAGAGUAGUAGCCAGGAAGUGUUUCUUGUACACCUUCAGCUUAACUCACAGAAAAAAAAAUCCUAUAAGGGUGAUGUGAGCAGAGCCCAGGAAUGCCUUAUGUGGACCGGCAAAACCGAAUCUGUGGGUUUCUGGAUAUUGAAGACAAUGAGAACAGUGGCAAAUUCCUCCGGAGAUACUUUAUCCUGGAUACCCAGGCCAACUACCUUCUCUGGUACAUGGACAAUCCCCAGAACCUGGCAGUUGGGGCAGGAGCUGUCGGAUCUCUGCAGCUGACUUACAUCUCGAAGGUGAGCAUAGCUACCCCAAAGCAGAAACCAAAAACUCCAUUCUGCUUCGUCAUCAACGCCCUGUCUCAGAGAUAUUUUCUUCAAGCCAAUGACCAGAAAGAUCUGAAGGACUGGGUAGAAGCACUGAACCAAGCCAGCAAGAUCACUGUACCCAAGGCUGGGACAGUACCCUUGGCCACAGAAGUUCUCAAAAGCCUAACGGCUCCUCCCACCCUAGAGAAGAAGCCGCAGGUGGCUUACAAGACUGAGAUCAUCGGGGGAGUGGUGGUACAAACACCCAUCAGCCAGAACGGUGGGGAUGGGCAGGAAGGGAGCGAGCCAGGGACUCACGCCUUCCUGCGAAGGUCUCAGAGCUACAUCCCCACAUCAGGCUGCCGUCCUUCCACCGGGCCUCCCCUCAUUAAGAGUGGCUACUGUGUGAAGCAAGGGAACGUGCGGAAGAGUUGGAAACGACGCUUCUUUGCCCUUGAUGACUUUACCAUCUGCUACUUCAAGUGCGAGCAGGACAGAGAGCCUCUGCGCACCAUACCACUCAAGGAUGUUCUCAAGACUCACGAGUGUCUGGUCAAGUCUGGUGAUCUCUUAAUGAGGGACAACCUGUUUGAAAUCAUAACCACCUCCAGGACGUUCUACGUACAGGCGGACAGCCCUGAAGACAUGCACAGCUGGAUCAAGGGGAUUGGAGCAGCUGUCCAGGCCCUGAAGUGCCACCCUAGGGAACCGUCCUUUUCAAGAUCCAUUUCUUUGACUCGACCUGGAAGUUCCAGCCUUACAAGCGGGCCUAACUCCAUUUUGUCAAGGAGGCGGCCACCAGCGGAAGAAAAACGAGCUCUCUGUAAGGCCCCCUCCAUGGCCUCCACCUGGCAACCCUGGACACCUGUCCCCCAGGCUGAGGAAAAGCUAUUGUCAGCCGAGAAUGCUUCAGAGGAUUCUUUAUUCAUGCCUAACCCUGGGGAGAGCACAGCUACAGGGCUGCUGGCAAGUUCUCGAGUCAGGCACAGGUCGGAGCCCCAGCACCCCAAGGAGAAGCCAUUUGUAUUCAACCUUGAUGACGAAAACAUACGAACCUCUGAUGUGUGAUAUAUGGUGCCAUUGUGUGCAGGAGAGAUGGGGGCUGGGACUCAUUUUCUCUGCCAUGGUAGAGGACAGAGGCUAAUGGCAUUCACAGUGGAGGGGCUUAUCUAGCUGGCGUUGGUUUUGCAAUUAUUGACACAGUUUAUUUAAUUGGGGAAAGUUAUUAGGUUAGACCCAUGGGCAUAUUCCAUUGCCUCUUGAAUGCCCCCUUUUCCCCAGGUUUCCUAGUGAGGGGUUUGUUUUCAUAUUUCUUGUCUAGAGGAGGCUAGAGUCCAGUUUCACCCAUAAGCGUGUUCCUCUUGUAUUUCUUUUAUAGUCUCGGUUUUGCUUCCAGUCUGUGUAUAGGAUCUCAGGCUGCUUUCAUCUACUCCUGUUUAUUGGCUGAAGUCUGGGGAUCAGGCAGACAGUUAGCAUCCAGACUAAAAGCCAUCGAGUGAGAUUCAUGUUGCACAGUUCAACUGGGAUCCAUCUGAGGGCUGUCGUUAAGAAUCUGGGGAGUGAAAGGUGAAUUGUGGGAUAUCUACCCUGGGCAGUUCUUUCAGGACACCUCCCAGGGGAGCAGACAGGACCUCUUGUGAGUCAUGAGGGCUAAUGAAACUGCUAUAGCCACUUGUGGGAGUCAUGACAUCCUCUUGAUGCUCCAUGACCCCAAAUGCCAUAGACCUGAGUGACAGAGCCACCAGUCUGUUUUCUGGCCCUGAGGAUGGGGUUUUCAGGGUUAAAUGUUAUGAUUGCAGAGACCAGAACAGAUGCUUCCCUUGAAACUGUGGUGUGUGUGUGUGAUGGUUAAGUGUAGAUUGUGUGUGUGUGCGUGUGUGUGUGUGUGUGUGUGUGUGUGUGUGAGAGAGAGAGAGAGAGAGAGAGAGAGAGAGAGCACAAAUAUUCAUGUUAGGACCAUCUCUAUCUCAGAGGCUUAGAUUAAUAUAAAGCAGCGACAGAGAAGAGAUGGAUGGUGGUUUAUUGCUGUAAGCUUCUUCGAUCCAUGUUUUCCAGACAGGAGAAUGGCUCUUCUUUGACACAGUGAAUCUGGAAUCCCUGUGUUACAGCUCUUUUAGAAUGGGCCCACUUCUGUCUAACGCUAAGUGCUUGUAUAUUAUGCAGCCCGCUGACCCACUUGCUCUGUUUUACUGCCUUGCCUGUUAAGUGAAGCCAUGCACACACCAAGUGGAACCUCAGCAUCUGAUAAGAGCCUAUGCACUCACUAGUGAAGAGACUCAAACAGGAUUUUUUCCCCCCAAUACUUACAUUUUUUACAGAAUAGAAACUAGGAAUAAAGAAAUUGAAUCAGAGGAUGAAUUAUUGGCUAGGAAUUUCCUAGGUUCUAGAAGAGUUUAGAAGAUUAGAUUUCCACCCAAAAUUUAGGGUGUGUUUUUUUUCCCCACUGGGCAAGAUACUAUUUCCAGUGGCUUUGGGGGCAUUUCUAUCAGCCUUCAAUGAACUGUGCUACCAGAAAAUUAUGGCCAUUUCCUACAGGGAGAGAAGACAUGGCUCAUUCCUAUCUGUGUGACUUUUAUCUACUAGGUAAAUUAAUCCUAUUUUUAACUAGAAAUUUGUAGCUCUAAGAAGAGACUAGGAGAUAUUUUUAUUUAAGCUAGUUAGCACUCUGUGUCCAUAGUUAAUGCAAAAGCAAAAACAGGCAUAAAGGAAGCAUGUUCUUUCUAGUGUGACUGUGACCCUGAAUCUGGUGCCACACUCAAGACUCCUGGACUUUCUGUGUGGGAGUUGUCCCCCACUUUAAGUCUGGCCUUGUGUCCUGAUAUAAAAAAAUACAAAACCAAAAACCACUGG